AUGGCCUCUUAUUGUUUGAUUCAUUUCGAUGGAGAAAGUGGACAGCUUGCACGCUUUACAGAGUAUGCAUACAAACGAGUUUUAGAAUGUAGAGAGAUUUGGAAGACAUUGGAUGGAAAGCAAAGAGAGGUAGCAUAGAAUACAGCAUGCUUUGACGAUAACGAAUGGCAAAAUCCAGCAGCUGGUUACCACAGAGGAUGUUAUUCGAAGUUCACAAACAAAACGUCAAUAGAAAGAGCCAUAACUCGGUGCGGGAAGGCACAGCUGGUACCACAAGAUGAUUUAAAACUUUUAGAUGAUGAGGCAACUGAAACCUGUGGUAAGUAGGUAUUAUUAUUAUCAUUGUCAUUGUCAUUAUAUUAUUACAAAACUAUUAUUAAAAAAAGUUUCCUUAUUAUUAUUAUUAUUAUUAUUUACAGUUUCUAGCGUAUCGAAAACGUGGGUCACCGAAAACAUUGAUUCCAUAGUCAACAGUUAUAUCCGUAAAUGGCUUGAUAUACCUAUAUCUGGAACGCUAAGCACCGCAACAAGUUUGGCCUCAGUAUUUGUCCCCCAUCUGUCAAAUUUAUUCAAUGUCAAACUGUUCUCCGUAAAGCCCUAAAAACAUCCCCAAACGAAGCAAUUAACGAUCUUUGGAAAGCAACUAGCAACAGCAAAAAUAUUCAGUAUGACGUAUAUAACUCCACUAAGCAAGUUCUUAAGGACUUUCGCUCUGGACAAGAGGAUAAACUGCAUACUCAAUUAACCUGACAAGGCUCUUUCUUCACUAAUAUAACAAACUUCUCACUGUCCCAACUCACUAAAAUUUGGUCUGCGUGCCAAUCGAACCUGCCGAAAAAUAUAUUCAACUUUACAGUUCGAUACAUCAAUAACUCCCUUCCAACGCGCCAAAACCUUGCAAGAUGGGGUUUAUCACCGACUUCAGACUGUUCGCGAUGUCUAGCUCCUGUGACACUUCUGCACGUAGUAGCUGGUUGCCAAUCGUAUCUAGAACGAUUCACGUGGAGACAUGACUCCGUUCUAAACUUUCUCGCAACAAACCUGCAGACCGUAAGCGGCUCACAUCUUUACGUGGAUCUCUCAGGGUACAAAAGUCCAUCAAUCAUCACUGGUGACACCUACCGUCCAGAUUUGCUUCUUUCAACCUCAACCGGAACACUCUAUAUUGUUGAACUUACAGUUGGCUUCGAAUCAAAUCUUCAAAAAAACGUUGAGCGUAAAAAAUCAAAAUAUAAAGAAUUAAUUAGGGAACAAAAUGAACAUUUCAACUAAGUAAAAUUUGUAAAUCUUUCGAUUAGUUCUCUUGGUGUUUUCAGUAAAGAAUGUUCUACAUUCAUAGAAAUGCUUAAUGAUUUUGGUUUUCAAAAGCAACAUCAGAAUCACUGUAUUAGAAGAAUGACGACGAUUGCAAUCCGAACAACGUAUUAUAUAUUUUGUUGUCGAAACAAGGAAUGGAUGAAUCCGGAACUGUUAAGUGUUUAAACGUUGUACUGUCAUUUUGUUAUCUUAAUAGUAUAAUUUUUGCAUAUAUAAUCAGUGAUUUAAGUAGCCAGUUGUAAAUUACCUGAUAUAAGUGAGAUUUGCAAUUGUAUAUAUAAGCUAACUAUCCAUUUAAUAAAGUUUUCAUUAUUAUUAUUAUUAUUAUUAUUAUUAUUAUUAUUAUUAUUAUUAUUAUUAUUAUUACUUAAUGUUAUGAUUGAGCUCUUUUUUAAUUUAGAAACGACCCACGCAUCCGAACCGUCAAAGAAAUUAUUGCGAUCAGCAGUAAACGCGUCAAGCAAAACAAAAUCAAAAUAUGUGCUGGCUCCUGUGUGCAUCAUUUGUAAGAAAGAAAAGUCUUUUGUGACUGACACGGCGUAAGUAAACGUAUUUACUGAUAAGCAUGGUAAUUAAGGAUAAUGACGUUGGUGACGAUGAUUUUUCCCUUUUUGGUAGAACUCUCGAAAACGAAAGGAAGAUCAGUUGGUGAGUGCAGAAACCAUUGACGGGGGAAGAUUGAGAGAAGCAGCUACAAGAAAAGGGGACGAAAGUAUCCUUUUACAAAUUGCUGACAAGGACUGCGUGGCAUUAGAAGUGAAGUACCACAGACAGUGUUAUCAACGAUACACAGAAUUUGUAAGACGCCCCGAUGUAACAGAAGACGAUGAUGUUCGUGCUAAGUGCAAAUACGAGGAAUCCUUUAACGUUUUUUGUGAACGGUUUGUGAAAGAAAAAUUAAUUGACAACGAGGAGAUUUACUACAUGAAGAAAAUUGAAGCGGAAUUUGUCAGAACUGUUGCGACGGUUGAGAACUGCGAUGCAUCGGGUUAUAGGAGAUUUCGCUUGAAGGAGAGGUUGAUAGAAAGAUUUCCCCAGCUGGUUUUUCAUACACCGUAUGAACGCAACAGAAGUGCGAUCGUCUAUGCUCAAACUAUCUGUCAAGGUGUCGUGGCGGAACAUUACUUAGAUAAAGAAAGUCAAACGUCGCAAAGUGAGAUGGAGAGUGAAGAUGAAGUCUUGGAUGACACAUUGUUAAAGAACCACGAAAACGUGGCUACACUGAAAGAGGUUUAUAACGUUGCGUUAUACCUGGUAUGAGAAUUGGCCGCCACUUUCAUCCGACAUCACUGGAGAAAGCGUUAGGAAGUUAGUUAAGCCACUCCUUUUUAAUUUCGUUGCAUGGCUCCUUGGAUUUUCAGAAGACCCACAAGCGUCGGAGUAUGUUGAAGUUAACGAAAAGCAAGCCGUGAAGAUCUUUUCUAUAUGCCAGGAUCUGAUUAACGUUUCAAGCAAGGGGAAAAUCCAGACGCCCAAGUCGCUAGCAUUAGCAAUGACUGUUCGACAAAUUACCGGCUGUUCAAGUCUUAUUAAUAUUUUAAAUGGUCUUGGACAUUGCAUUUCUCUGUCUUCGACAAUGGCCUACGAUUCUGCGCUUGCACAGUUAACCAUAAAUACGUCGAAUGUUAUCCCAAGGAACUUUGUGGCAGAAGAGUAUGUUAACCUUGUGUAUGACAAUAUCGAUUUUGGCGAAGAGAUCGCAAAGCAAACACAUGUUACAAAUGGGAUUAUUAUCCAAAAUUGCCUAUUUGUAUCGGAAACGUCUGUUUCACAAACUUUUUUUGGAAACUUUUCCUAGUGUAUCAAGACCGGUCUUUAUUCUUAUUAUAGUUUUGAGAUGUCUUUUGAGUGAAGGUGAUAUAUUGCAAAACCUUUUUUCUAUUUAGCUUCUCAACACAUGUGGGGAAUCUUUUUAA